GCCCCUCCGACAUCAUCUCUCGCAUAGCACGCGUCUCCGCCUCCUCCUCGACCAGCUCGCUCCAUCGCUCUCUCCCCUGCUGCUGCUGCCGCCGCUGCUGCUGCUGCUGCACAUGUCCAAUGCUUUCUCUCAUUUCCACCCUCAUCCCUGGCGAUCGCAGCAGCAGCAGUAUAAUGGACGUGGUUUCAGUGAAGAAGCAGCAGCGGCAACAACAACAGCAGCAGCAGUAGGUGAGGGUGGCGUUUAGGCUGAACGGUUGUUGUUAUUUUUAUAUUCUUUUGUAACCACGUCUAUGAUCGAAGAAUGUGCGUGUGAAUACACCCGAGCGAAACGUAGGCUCUGUGUGUGUGUGUCCGUGUAUCUAUUCUAUUAUAUAUAUGAGCCGUGCGCGUGGCGCGUGCAGUGAGAAGGAAACGUGGUGUCCCGUGUACAUUUCAACAAAUGGUUUUUGCGCCGAGGAUUGCAUCUUUCGGAAGACGUGACGGGCUGGACGGGAGAGAUUUGUUUCAACAAUAACGUGAAGAGCAAGCUGCGCGGUGGUGGCAGCAGUAGUAGUCGCAGUAACGGCGAUAUUAAAUGACUAUUAAACGGGGCAGCCACGUAAAGUCAUCAAGGCCCGGAUUACAUCUGAUAAAGAAGCUGCACUGAACGCUCCUGCUCCUGCUGCUGCGUCCGCUACUGCACGAGCGACUCGUCCAGCCUGGGGCCGUCCCGACCAAGUCGCCUGCAGUCGACCCUCGCUCCUCGCUGCCUCUCAUGCAACAGCCGCAACAUCAUCAUCGUCGGCAUCAUCAGCAGCAGCAGCGACAACAGAAGCAGCAGCAUCAUCAUCAGCAGCAGGAUCAUCAUCAGCAGCAGCAAGAGAAGGAGGCGGUCAUGCAGAAGGUGCGAUUUGGGUGUCGUCGCUGAUGCUGCGGCGAGCGUUGGGGUGAUGCGGACGUGUCCCUUAAAGGAGCCCUGUUCUUUUGGACAUCUCUACCACCACCAACACCACCCUUUGCCACAACCGUCACAACCACAGCAACCACAGCCACCACCUGCUCAAGGUUGCCACGCUCGACCAAGCUGUUGCAGAGAGACCCGUCAGUGACGGUCGCUUCUCAAGCCGCACCUCCGUCGCCGUCUCCUGCAUCUGCACCUCCACCUCCAUCUCCUCCUCAUAGAUGCGUCUGCAUGACGUCUGCACUGCAUGGCUGCCGACCACAGCGGCCCCGACCCUCUGUCCGCAAGCCUCCGUCCCAAGGCCACGGUGCCGUUGACAUGACCAAGGGCGACGUGGAAGAAUGCCAGAUGAUGGUGGAGGAGUUCCACACCCACGUCGCCACGUUCCGCGAGCUCGUCAUCUCCAUCGGGGACGCGAGCAGCGACAGCCUCGCCGGACGCCUCCAACUGCGCCGCUCGCGGGGCCAGUGCUCGUCCAUGGCAACCGACACGUGCACCAGCAUGGCGGCCCUCAACAGGCCCGAGGAAGGAGAGAUCCAGUACGACAUUUACAGGCUCUACAUCCAGUUUCACGGCUGCCUGGAAAUGUACAUCUCAGAGAUGCUCAAGUCCAUCUGCCUCAUGGAGUCCUUCCAGCUGCAAGGGAAAGGCCGGGAGGCUCGGGGCACGCCGGUGAGUGGCCAGCGCGGGGCCCAGGACGCGUCACACACGCCCAUCCUCGAUGAGAAUGCCGCGUCGCAGACGCCCAACCUCGCCGAGAUCGGCUGGACCACGCCGAUGGAGAUCCACAACACCCAGAGGGAUCUGAGAGAGAUGAAAGCUCUGCUCAGUAAACUCAGGGAGUCAAUGCCACUUCCACUUAAAAACCAAGAUGACAGUGCCCUACUCAGCCUAAUACCAUCUUACCCACCACUGAGGCGGAGGAAGAGAAAACUGCUAAGGCUGUGCUGUCUGCUCGCCAGUUAGGCUGGGCGGCACACGUCAGGCCUACGCUGUACAGGUCACAGGUCAAAAAAACGCUUUACAAAUAAUA